UCCGAUUUCUUCCGCACUGGGAGAGGGAGUGAAGAUGGCGGCGGCCGAAUCUGAUCGUGAAGUACCUUCUGCUCUGUGUACUGAAUUCCUGAAUUUCUCUGUCAAAGACACAGCUUCGAAAUGGCUCCAGGUGACUGACCUGUACAAGGAGGUGUACCAUCACCUGGCCCGCUAUGUUCCAAAGAUCUACUGCCUGGGGCCCAACCUGAACCCCCAGAGUGAGGACUUGCUGGCCCAGAUGCUGCUGCAGGCCCCUCUGGAGUGGUACCUGUGUGGGGAGGACCCCUCCACGGGCCUGGCCAAGCUGGAGCAGAACAACCAGCCCUCACAGCUCUGCGGACACGUCUUCAAAGUGGGAGAGCCCACCUACUCGUGCAGGGAAUGUGCUGCAGACCCCACCUGUGUGCUGUGUAUGCAGUGUUUCCUGGGCAGUGUGCAUAAAGAGCAUCGCUACAGGAUGACGACCUCUGGGGGAGGGGGUUUCUGUGACUGUGGAGACACAGAGGCAUGGAAGAAGGGCCCUUACUGUCAGAAACACGAGCCCAACAUCAGUGACUCCUGUCAUGAGGAUCCCCUGGCCCACCUCUCAACAGACAUGAUUGCCCGCUGCUAUAAUGUCUUCUCCAUUGUGCUGAAAUACGCCGUGGACAUGCUCACCUGGGACAAGGAGGAUGAGCUGCCCCCGGGCCUGGAGCCGCCAGACCGAAGUGACACCUAUUACUGCAUGCUCUUCAAUGACGAGGUGCACACCUACGAGCAAGUCAUCUACACCCUCCAGAAGGCGGUCAACUGCACCCAGAAAGAAGCAGUCAGCUUCGCCACCACAGUGGACAGAGAUGGAAGGAAAUCGGUGCGCUUUGGCGACUUCGCUUUCUGUGAGCUGGCCAAGUCGGUCAUUGUGAGGAACACGAGUCGUCAGUCCAAGCCCUUGCGGGUCCAGGUAAUGCACUCCUCGGUGGUGGCUCAUCAGUGCUUCGCUCUCAAAGCCCUCCACUGGCUGGGCCACGUCAUAGGAUACUCAGAUGCUCUGAGGAGGAUCCUGUGUCAGGUGGGCCUAGAGAGGGGCCCAGAGGGUGAGAACUCCUCCCUGGUGGACACGCUCAUGCUCUGUGACUCCAAGAUGUGGAAAGGAGCCAGGAAUGUCUACCACCAGCUCUUUAUGAGCAGCCUUCUCAUGGACCUCAAAUACAAGAAGAUGUUUGCUAUCCAGUUCGCAAAAAAUUAUGAGCGCUUGCAGAGCGACUAUGUGAAAGAUGACCACGACAGGGAGUUCUCGGUCACUGACCUCUCGGUGCAAAUGUUCACAGUGCCCUCCCUGGCGCGGAUGCUGAUCACCGAGGAGAACCUGAUGACCACCAUAAUCAGGACCUUUGUGGACCACCUGCGCCACCGCGACUUGCAGGGCCGCUUUCAGUUUGAGCGCUACACCGCCCAGCAGGCUUUCAAGUUCCGCCGCGUCCAGAGCCUCAUCGGAGACCUCAAGUACGUCCUCAUCAGUCGGCCCACAGAGUGGAGUGACCAACUCAGGGAGAAGUUCCUGGAGGGUCUGGACACCUUCCUGGAGCUGCUCAAGUGCAUGCAGGGAAUGGACCCGGUUGUGAGGCAGGUGGGCCAGCACAUUGAGAUGGAGCCUGAGUGGGAGGCAGCCUUCACCCUGCAGAUGAAGCUCACACACAUCAUCUCCAUGAUACAGGAGUGGUGCGCUACAGAUGAGCGUGUGCUGAUUGAAGCCUAUAAGAAAUGCCUGACAGCCCUUACACACUGCCACAGUGGCUUCGCCGACGGGGAGCAGCCCAUCACACUGAGCAUGUGUGGACAUUCUGUGGACACCAUCCGCUACUGUGUGUCUCAGGAGAAAGUCAGCAUCCACCUGCCUGUGUCCCGCUUACUUGCAGGUCUCCACGUUCUCCUCAGUAAGAUGGAGGUGGCCUACAGAUUCCCUGAACAGCUUCCGCUGAGUGAGCUCAGCCCCCCCAUGCUAAUAGAACACCCCCUUCGCUGCCUGGUCCUCUGUGCCCAAGUGCACGCUGGGAUGUGGAGGAGAAACGGCUUCUCAUUGGUCAAUCAGGUCGUUCAUAGUGUACUCUGGUUGCAGAUCUACUACUACCACAAUGUCAAGUGCAGAGUGGAGAUGUUUGACAAGGACCUCAUUAUGCUGCAGGCCGGCGCUUCCAUGAUGGAUCCCAACCACUUCCUGAUGAUAGUCCUGAGCCGCUUCGAGCUCUACCACAUCUUCAGCUCCGCCGACUGCAGGAAGAGAUACAACCGGGAGACCGCCAACAAGGACGUGGUCCAGCAGAACAACACCCUAACGGAGGAGAUGCUGCACCUCGUCAUGAUGGUUGUGGGUGAGCGUUUUGAAGCUGGUAUCGGCCAGGUGGAAGGCUGUGACGAGAUCAAGCGGGAGAUCCUUCACCAGCUUUGUAUUAGACCCAUGGCCCACAGCGAGCUGGUCAAAGCCCUGCCUGAGAACGAGAACAAGGAGACUGGUAUGGAGAGAGUGAUCGACUGUGUUGCGUCGUUUAAGAAGCCUGGCGUGACAGGCAGAGGGCUGUAUGAGCUCAGGCCAGAGUGUGCCAAGCAGUUCAACCUCUACUUCCACCACUACUCCCGGGCCGACCAGUCCAAGGCAGAGGAAGCCCAGAGAAAGCUGAAGAGACAGAACGGAGAGGACACAGCCCUCCCUCCUCCGGUGCUGCCCCCGUUCUGCCCACUGUUUGCCAGCCUGGUGAACAUUCUGCAGUGUGACGUACUGCUGGGCAUGCUGGGAGCCGUGCUCCAGUGGGCCGUGGAGCCCAGCGCAGGACACUGGUCUGAGUCCAUGCUGCAGAGGGUGAGAGAGACCAGGACCACGCUGUGUGUGUGUGUUAGUGUCCUAUGUUUAUUCGCGGGACCAUUCGAGGUAUCGCUGUACAUAACCGUGUCUGUCCGUCUCCAGGUGCUCCACCUAAUAGGCAUGGCUUUACUGGAGGAACGGCAGCAGUUAGAGAACAGUAGUGAGGACAACGACGUCUACUUCAACUUCACCCUCAAAAUGUCCCGUCCAGGGGAAGCCCCCAGUAACACAGCCAGUGUCCUGGCCCUCCUGGAGAACCUACAGAAUGCCCCUCACCUGGAGGUCCACAAGGACAUGAUCCGUUGGCUCCUCAAGACGGUGGCCGGCAUUAAGACGCUGCGGGAGCGCAGCGCUUCCACUUCCACGGUGACCGCCAGCGGGAGCCGCGGUCAGGAAGAGACAGCGUGCGACAAGGACAAGGCGGAGAGGAAGAGGAAGGCGGAGAUGGCCCGCCUGCGCAGGGAGAAGGUCAUGGCCCAGAUGUCGGAGAUGCAGAGGCACUUUAUCAACGAGAACAAGGAGCUGUUCCAGCAGAGUCUAGAGGAGCUGGAUGCUUCCACCUCUACCUCACUGGAGCACAGCCCCACGUCGUCAGACGCAGCCCUGGCGUGUGUGGGCCCCAGGCGGUCACGUCCCAGGGAGAAGAGGCAGGUUGUUACGUGUAUCCUGUGCCAGGAGGAGCAGGAGAUCCGGGCUGACGGCAAGGCCAUGGUGCUGGCUGCCUUCGUCCAGCGCUCCACCGUCAUGUCCAAGAACCGCAAGAGACCACCGCACGACCCCAAGCGCUACGACCCUCUCUUCAUGCACCCUGACCUGUCGUUCGGCACGCACACAGGCAGCUGUGGCCACAUCAUGCACUCUCACUGUUGGCAGAGGUACUUCGAGGCGGUGCAGGCCAAGGAGCAGCGGCGUCAGCAGCGACUGCGUGUCCACACCAGCUACGAUGUGGGGAACGGGGAGUUCCUGUGUCCGCUGUGCGAGUGCCUCAGCAACACCGUCAUCCCCCUGCUCCCCCGAACUAAGGGCUCCAGCAGUUGUGAGCAGCCUGGACUGGGUCAGUGGCUGAAGACCAGCGGUCAGCAGAUAAAGGCCAUGCACUCUGCCCACAGGAAACUCCAGCCCGUCAGUACUGUUGAAGAGACAGUGGAAGAAGAGUGCCCUGCCCCUGAGGUUUUCACUGUGAACUACAUUCCCACGAAUCCCUACUCCAGCACCAUAAAAGAGAUGCUGACCACUUUUGGGACAGCGACCUACAAAGUUGGCCUUAAGGUGCACCCCAACGAGCAGGACCCUCGCGUCCCCAUCAUGUGCUGGGGCAGCUGUGCCUACACCAUCCAGUCCAUAGAGCGACUGUUGGUGGACGAGAAGAAGCCUUUAUUUGGAAGUUUACCUUGCAGACAGGACGACUGCCUGAGCUCCCUGGCCAGGUUCGGCUCAGCGUGUUGGACCGCGGCCUGUCAGCCCACCGUGCAAGGCCACUUCAUCCGACUGGUAGCAGCUUUGAUUCCAGACCCCCAGGUGGAGGCCUCUCCGUGUAUCCUGGACGUGGACAUGUUGCACCUGCUGGUAAGUGUGGUUCUGUCCUACGGGUCGGUCCACUCCCAGGACUCAUCAGGGCUGAGCAUGGACGCUGUCCAGCUGCACCUCUUCCAUCUCAUCACUGUGGCUCACAUGGUCCAAAUACUGCUCACUUCUGGCCCAGAGGAGGUGACCAUGGAGCAGGAGAGCGGCGAGGCGGAGCGGGGGGAGGAGGAAGGCGCCUGCCGUCUCUACAACACCCUCAGAACACACGUGGGCAGUUCCCUAUCUGAGGUGGGCUCUGGUUGGCACCUGUGGCGUUGUGUGAAGACUGGCAUCCUGCCCUACCUGAGAGGUGCGGCGCUGUUCUUCCACCACCUCAACGGAGUUCCUGCACCCCCAGAGCUGCAUGCUCUGUGUCCUGGUCAGUGGGAGGUGCUGUGCGGAUACCUCAGUCUGCCCUCCAACCUGCUGCAGCUCUUCCACAGUCAACAGGAGCUACUGGAGCCCUUACUGCAUGGGUGGUGCACUCACCCAGGUGUACAGCAGACCCUUCAGGGAGGUGGUGUUCUUGUGAGUUUCCCUCGGGAGUCCAACAGCCUGAUUGACCUCCCAGAUGACUACAGUGCCCUCAUAAACCAAGCCUCCAGCUUCACGUGCCCUAAGUCGGGUGGGGAUAAGUCCCGUGCGCCCACCCUGUGCCUGGUGUGUGGUUCCAUGCUGUGUUCUCAGAGCUACUGCUGCCAGACAGAGCUGGAGGGAGAGGACGUGGGAGCCUGCACUGCUCACACCUUCGCCUGUGGAGCCGGAGUAGGCAUCUUCCUCAGAGUGAGAGAGAGCCAGGUUCUGUUCCUGGCUGGUAAAACUAAGGGCUGUUUCUACGCUCCUCCAUACCUGGACGACUAUGGAGAGACGGACCAGGGCCUAAGGCGGGGGAACCCAUUGCACCUGUGCCACGAGCGCUACCGCAAGAUCCAGAAGCUGUGGCGCCAGCACAGCAUCACCGAGGAGAUAGGCCAUGCCCAGGAAGCCAACCAAACCCUGGUUGGCAUCGACUGGCAGCACCUGUGAUGUCUUAGGUCAUAUCUACCGGUGUCAGACACACCCCUUCUCCAAACCGAAGGGGGGGAGCACGGCACAUGGGGGUGCGGAAUGGUUGUCAAGGCAACACAGCCUCACCUCUUUUGCUCCUCCAUCCCGAUUGGAGAAGGGGUGAGUGUCGCCCCCCUCCCGUCUGAGAGUGGAUGAAUGCAUGUAGAUUUUUCUCCUUUUUGUUUUUGCUGUUUCUCCCUGGAAAGAAUGUUCCUCUAUUUUCUUUAAUUUAAUAUAAAAGAGUAUAUAUAUACACAUUGCUCUCAAGCAUAUAGCCGACGCAUCGGGCACCCAUGGACUGGCUCGGGUGUAACAUGAAUACUCAAGAGUAUAACUUAUUUUAUAGGAAUGUUAUUUAAUUUCUGCCUAUUCAAAUACCAUGAAAUUAUUUCUAAGGUAGAUGGCUGACGUAUUGGUUUAUUUACAGUUGGAUUUGCUUCGAUGCUAAACAUUUUGGACUAAGCACCAGGUUUUCCUUCUUGCUCUUGGUCAGCCAGUGACUGCUCAUUUCAGAGUUUGGGACACAAUCUCAUCAGAUAGGUGAGGUCAGAUUGUGCCCCUUACCAGUAUUGGGAUCCAUUCUAUUUAAAUUUCAACCUAAGAGCUGAAAAAUCCUUAUUGAAAAUAAAUGGUGCUUUUCAGCUUUCGAUUUGGAAUUUCAAUUAACGUCCUGAAAUGUAUUGACCCCCCCCAUUAGUUAUUCUCCAGUCUGAUGGACACCCAAAUACACAGUACUCAGAGAAUACAAGCCAAUGUAAGGAAGUGCGGUAACACACUGGUGUGAAUGUUUGUGUUUCUGUGUUUUACUCCUGAGUGCCCGUGUUCUGGUUUUUAAAUGUGUCCGGGUGUAUGUUGGAGUGUGUUAAGUCUUUUUGCAGGUUUUGAAUGUAUCCAGACUGUCAGUGCUUUUGUUUUUUAACACUAUUUAAAUGAACCCCUUAACCCACAGAUAUGAGCCUUUUAAGGCAAGGCUGUCCCUUCCUUUUUUGCUAAUGUGUGCGUGUGUGAUUGGUUGUAGUCAAUUUUAUCUGAUGUGCAUUGAUGGGUUUUGUUUUGGUAAUUGUUUUUGUAUUGUACCUUUUUUUAAAUGUUCAGAAGAAAAAAAUGUCUGUAUGAGAAGAGAAUGCAGAAACAUAUCCCUCGACUUGUUUUUUGAAUAUGGACCAGUUGGUUUGCCUGACCCGACCUGGAACAAAACUCCAUCUUAGUUAUCAUUUUUUUGGUCAGGUAAAAGUCUUAGCCCUCAUAAGGUUGCCUCUGGACUGUACCAUUUUUCCACAGCUACGGCUGGGUGGUCUGACGCAUUGGGUCAAAUAUCGUCCUUAAGGCUUUGAAACAGAAUAGAUUAGUCCAGGCUCGCAAGGCACUUUAGAGGAACACACACACACACACACACACACUGCUCUUUGAUGCAGGUUCUCUCUGAUGCUGGGACCUGAAGCUCUAUAUUCUUCAUCCCAUCACUCCGUUGGCAUGUUUUCCUGGUAACCACCCCCACCCCAUUCUUUGACACGCUCCCAAUAUCGAGGCUGUAUUAUUAUCGUGUCAGACUUGUUAAUAUGUGAAUUACUGUAUAAACGAGUACAUUGUACUAUAUUGUAAAAGAAUACCAAAAUAAAUCAAAAGGAA